AUGUUCGUCAAGUGCUUCAUGUAUUCCCAAACCCAGAAAAGGAUAUACAGCGUUUUAACUUUUAACAAGUGGUUCAAUGCAAUUGGCGGUGAUCUUGUGGGCAUGGAGAAUAAGAGCAUAUUUAAGUAUCGCCGUGUGUGUCGCACACAUUUUGAACUAAAAUAUCUAUGUCGCUACAACAGAAUUAGUAAGGAUGCUGUACCAACAUUAAAUAUGCCAGAUUCCAACUAUCUCACCAAUUAUUUGCCACAUGCAUCUAUUGCCAAACAAAAAGAAAGUAUUGACCAUGGGGCUUCUUCAUCUUCAUACAAGCCCCAAAGAAAUACUAAUAUGAACCAGCAAAAUCUUGUAAAACGGAAGACAGCAAGAAAAGUUACAAAAAAAAUAUUCCUCACCAAAGUAGAAAAUAAACUCUACAAACAACUUGUAACUGCUAGAAUAAAACUUAGCAAAACAAAGAAUUGGAUAAAAAUACAGUCUGUAAACAUAAAAUUAGCAAAAAAAUUUGCUAAUAAUCCUGCAGUGCUAGAUACCCUCGAAAAUUGCUCAAGUGCAGCAAAAUUAUUAAUGCAGAUACAAUUUAGAGAGAACCGAAAAAAGGAUAAAGGACGACGAUUUACCUUAAAAGAAAAGGUUGUUGCUUUAUCUAUCUUGAAACAAGGUCCCAAAGGAUAUAAGUUUCUUAGGAGUAUAUUUAUUUUGCCUACUAAGCCAACUCUCAUCAAACUUAUACAAAGGAUUAAUCUCAAGCCUGGAAUUAAUAAAAAUAUUUUUUCACAAUUAAAAACGAAAUGUGAAUCAAUGAAAACAGAAGAAAAGUUAUGUAAACUUUUAUUUGAUGAGAUAUCACUUAAAGCGAAUGUCACAUAUCAUGAAAGAAAAGAUGUAAUAACAGGACUUGUUGACAAUGGA